AAUGGGUAAUUGUCAAGCAUGUAUGAAUGACCCAUAGAAUAUAAAUGAAUAUGGUGCUCAUUAGAAUGCAAAAUAAGCAUCUUUACACUCUAUGGUUAGAAGAUCUUAACCUUUUUCAAAAGCUUCUUUGGCAGAAAUUGUCAAUGCUUCUUAACACUAAUUGAGAACAAGUCAAAAACCUUCAAUCAAUAUUCAAAAAGAGGCAUCACUAUCUAUGGUUGGAGAUGGAGUGGACAUUUAAAAAUAAAAAACAAACUCAGAAUAAUUAAUAUCAGUGCAUUGCCCAAUAGCAAAAUUGGCUUAGCAUUGGGGUAGACCAGCCAGUGAACUAUAAAGUUUGAUAGGACCAAAAGUCAAAAUGGUGCUUAGUAAAUUAAAGGAAUAUUAAUAUACAAGAGGAGAUGAUCCAGAGGCAGUGCAUUUGGAGCCAUAAAUAUUUGAAUAAGGGAUGGUUUAUGAUGGUUAAUGGAAAUAUGGAUUAAGACAGGGUCGAGGUAAGGAAUUGAUAAAAUAUAAUAGGGAGAUAAGUUUGGAAAGAAGGUAGUUAUUAUGAGGGAUAUUGGAAAAACAGUUGUGCUCAUGGUCAUGGCAGAUUGAUACAUGCAGAUGGAGAUUAUUAUGAAGGAGAAUGGGAUAAUGAUAAAGGUAAAAUAAGUAAAUAUGUUUAGCACAUGGUUAAGGGAAAUAUGUACAUGCAGAUGGGGCAAGUUAUGAAGGUAGUUGGAAAGAUGAUAAAUAAGAUGGAUUAGGACAUGAAAUAUGGCCAGAUGGUACAAGUUAUAAAGGAGCAUACAUUUAAAGUAAAAAGGAAGGUCAUGGUAUAUUUAAAUGGCCAGAUGGAUCAUAUUAUGAAGGUGAAUUCUUAGACAAUGCAAUUCAUGGAAUGGGUACUUAUGUUUGGGGGGAUGGUAGAACCUAUAUAGGAUAAUGGAGAUAAAAUAAAAUGCAUGGAUUAGGAGAAUUUAAAUGGGCUGAUGGAAGAAGAUAUAAAGGAUCUUAUUAGAAUGAUAAGAAAUAAGGUUAUGGGACAUUUGAUUGGCGUAAAUAUCUUAAAAAUUCUUAUAGCUGAUGGAUCAAAAUAUGUAGGAGAGUGGCAUGAUGGUAAAUAACAUGGUUUAGGUUCAGUUGUGGAUGAAAAAGGAGAAGAACAUAGAGGUAGAUGGGACAAUGGCACAUUAUUGGAAUGGAUUACUUAAAAGGAUUGA